CCGAACACACAUUGACCAUGAAGAUCAUUUUGUGUCUUGCAUUUUUAUCAGGCUGUCUGGGGGCGUCUCUGAACUUUCAGUGUGGCGAGUUUUGUAUCGACGGGUACCUGCCCGUGUGUGGCUCUAACGGAAAAACUUACCCAAACCUAUGCUACUUUCAACAAGCCAAGUGCCUGGACCCGACCCUGACAUCCUAUGCGGGUCCAUGCGGGACGACCUACUAUCCGCCAUGUCCCGACAUGAUGUGUAUGGCACUGUACGAUCCCGUCUGCGGUUCCGACAGGAAAACAUACAGUAACAAGUGUGAACUGCAUGCUGUCCACUGCCAUGGAGAAGUAUCAGUGGCUCACACCGGAACUUGUAGUGGCACCAUCCCACCUGUUUAAACGUGCAUGUGCUCGUGUUAAACAUUCG